AUGAAUAAACGGAAACUGAAUGAGGUGAAGGAAGCUGAAUUUGAAGAAUCGAACCUGGCGGAUCAGAACAAGAUGGAAGCCGAGGAAGACGAAGCUAAACUGACAGUUCCAGAUGGAGGAUACGGCUGGUUUGUGGUAUUCGGAUGCUUCCUCCUUCAUGUGGUCACCGGAGGAAUUGAAAGAAGCGAUGGGGUCUUCUUCCUACAGCUGACGUCACGGUUCGGUCAAAGCGCCCAGUUGACCUCAUGGCCCGGUGCGAUUAUGUCUACGCUGAACUUAUGCCUGGGUCCUAUCGCUGGAGCCAUUUGCAAUCGGCACAGCGUCAGAACGUCUGUAAUGAUCGGUGGCCUCCUUAUGGCUACAGGCUGUAUCCUCAAUGGCUUCGCCAGCAACUUCUACUUCCUCUUCUUCUCGCAUUCCUUGUUGGUCGGAGCUGGAAGAGGUCUAAGUUAUGCUCCUUCACUGAUAAUAGUGGCAAUGUACUUUGACAAACGCCGAGCAUUAGCUACGGGAAUUGGCACAUCCGGUGUGGGCAUAGGUACUUUUCUUUUAGUUCCCAUAGCUCAAUUUCUCUUCGAUAAUUACGGAUUUCAAGGUGCUUUUCUUAUCUUCGGUGGAAUCGCUUUGAAUACUAAUGUAGCCGCCAUGGUGUAUCGACCUUUGAGUAUGCACUACCGGUUCAUGAAAAGGUCGAGGACGCGUAUAUACAGUGUCGAUCAUGUAGACGCUGCGGAAGCCAUUGUUGCCUCGGAAACGAUUUCUGAAAUUGGAAGUCUCUGGUCAUUACAGACCAAUCCCGUAGAAAUACGCCGGACACAAGAGAUUCGAAGUCUCACAAGCUCAAACGAUACAAACAUUAUUGCCACAGAUUUGGGAAAAGAGCCCUUCCUUGGCAAUAACUGGUGCACAACAGCUCUCAAAAUUUGUUUUCCAACAGAAGUUAAAAACAGCAAUGAUAAAAAGUCAAGAAAACUCUGCCAUUUUUAUCUGCUGAAGAAUUCAUCCUUCUUGUUCUACUGCUUAAGCAUGUGGGUAUUUUCAAUGGCGAUGAAGUCUGGAUACACAUUUAUUCCGGCUCUCGUCAACUCCAAAGGAAUCACGGAUUCUAAGGCGUCUUUGGUGUUGUCUAUAACAGGAGUUGUGGACUGCGUGUCAAGAAUUGGAGCAGGUUUCUUGCUAGACUUAAAACUACUCCGCCGGCAUCGACUUCUCAUCUACACGGCGGUUAUCCUGGCAUUAUCCUGUGUGGUUUUUAUACUGCCUUCCAUGGAUUCUUUUACCUCGUUCCUUGUCACGUGCUGCGUGUUUGGCUUUUUCACGGGAAUUUACGUCUCCCAGAAGUCUGUCAUCCUAGUGGACAUACUGGAUAUCCAACAUAUGACCAACUCUUUGGGGAUUCUGAUUUGUUUCCAAAGCUUCGGGACGCUCCUGGGGCCGCCGCUGUCUGGUGCCGUCAAGGAUUACUUCGGGACGUUUGCAGAGGCGUUUUAUUUGAAUGGUGGGUUUAUGGUGGCUGCUGGGGUGCUGAUGUUUGCUAGUAAUAUGUGUUUAGGGAUUCAAGGGCGGACACGAAAUUUGCGAGAAUAA